AUAACAGAGUGAAUUGUUACUUCUAGUUUUCAAUAUAAUUCUCUGAAAGGUCGCUUUGCCUGUAAUGUAUUUUUUGUGUGUGUGUGAGAGAGAAGGCAAAUUAUCUGUGUAACCAGUUUGGUCCCUCCCAAAUCCCAGAGAGGUGUAUCCAAACCCUCUUCAGGUUUAGCAUUAACUUCUCGGGAAUGUUUCCUUGUAUUCCAGAACAAUGUGAUGCCUCUCUUCAUUUCUGACUUGCACAGGGGACAUCGAAGGGAUCACUCGGUGACAAUGCUUUCUCUAAAACAUACAGUCAUUCUCCUGACUACCCUGGGACAGGUGUACGGCCAGUCAGGUAUGUUACAUGAUCGCACCUUUUACUAAGCAGGGAGAGAGAAUUGUGAUGAACUGGCAAACACGAGUUAGGCCAAAAUAUGUGAAUAGAAGUAAAUGGAAGAAUGCUUAUUUUUUGUCUACAAUUUUGUUUGACAUUUUACAUAUUUGUCUCCGAUACCCCACAAAUAGUUGUUUACAAAAUUUUCAAAAAGGGCAAAAGGUCAAUUUUUUCCAGAGCCUGUUCAGAAUCUCAGAGCUAAAACACUAGAACGUAACUCAGGGUUUUUCGCAUCUUAAUAAAUAUCCUCUGUCCAAUAACUGAUAUGAUUGCAAAUUUUAGACUUAAAGGGACACUAUAGUCACCCAGAUCACUGCAGCUCAAUGAAGUGGUCUGGGUGCCAGGUUCCCCAGGUUUUAACCCUGCAGCUGUAAACAUAGCAGUUUCAGCUGCUAUGGGUGGUUUGAAUGUGUGCGCAGCUCUGGCCUUGCAUGCGCAUUCGGCUGCACUCGGGAGCUGACGUUGGAGGGGGAGGAGAGGUCACCAGCACUGAUGGAGCCCAGUGCUGGAUUAAGGUAAGUGGCUGAAGGGGUUUUAUCCCCUUCAGCCCAGCGGGAGGGGGGGCCCUGAGGGUGGGGGGACCUAAGGACUACAUAGUGCCAGGAAAACGAGUUUGUUUUCCUGGAACUAUAGUGCUCCUUUAAAUAGCUUAACUGCAUAAACGACUGUGAUUUUAUUUCUAGUCCAGGUGUUCAUGUGAUAUGUAGAAAAUGUUUGCAGUCAGAAACGACUUGCAGAUGUGCUCUGUUUUACAUACCAUACAGGUGUAAAGACAAAAAAUGUAUUAACUCUAAAAGGGACACAAACAUCUGUAAAGCUCUUGCUGUACAGAUGUGUGUGUCCCUUUAAUGGUUACAUGUUCCCAUGUUGGUCCACUGCUCUGUGAUCCAAUGAAGCAGCAAAUCUUCUGCUAAAAGUGAUGUCAUAUAACUUAUGUUUAGUGAUUUGACGCGUCCAUGAAAGUGAAAUGCACAUUACUUUUACAUUUACUUUUACAUACAAGCGCAGGAUUAUUUGUGUUCCAUAUUCCAUCAUGGGUUUAAUUUCCAAUCACUCUCAGCCAGUCUUUGAAGACUGGAGUUUAUUUCUUUAGCAGGUUAUGUAUUAAAUAUAGGCUACAUUUUUAGAAGGGGGGAGGAGGGGGGGAAGGUCUGAUUUUAAAUUAAGAACAAAGAGAGCUUUGAUACUUAGCGUGUCUGUUGUGUAAUGAAAGCUAUGCUGACAGAUGAUUACUCAGUACUUAUUAUUAACUGUACCUUCCCCAGAAUUGUCAGCUGCCUCACCAGGGUUCAUCUGUAACUACAACCUUGCAGAGUUCCAUACAGAGAGAUGCUGGGUUCACAUAAACCUGUUGAGAGAAUACUUAGUUAUCAGUUUUAAAAUCAGCUUUAAACAGGAUCUUAAAGUUUCUCAUCAUAUAGUGAAUGUGUAUUUGUAUUUGUCGGAUAUAUACGUUUUACUCAGACAGUGCUUUUUUUUAAUGGUUGGAUCCUAACCACCGAUAUGGUUCUAUAAAUUCACACAUUUACCACUUUCUUCUAUAAUAUUUUUUUGCUCCGAUUCUGUUUAAAAUCUGACAUUUCUCGUAACUUUCUCUAAAAUAUCCUUUAUUUAUCGUCUCUAUACUUGAAGAAUUAGAUUGAACAUUUUAGAGUCAGAGGAUUUGGGCAAUGAGAAGGAACCUGCCAUAAAAUGUUUUAAAAUAUUGCUAAUUGAGCUUGGAUAUUUACAAUAAUAUUAUUAUUACAUUGUAUUAUUGUUUUUAUAACACUAUUUCAGUGUUAAUAAGGACUCUCACAGUUUAACAAAUGUUAUCAGCAUAUCUAUGGUACGGUUCCCAAUGGCUUCCAGGUACCUCUGCUGAUCCCCACACUUAGCGUUUAGAUGAUCGGUGUGUAGUGCACAGCAUGUAACAAGUCAAUUUUAACAUUUGAUGGGAUAGUUUUAAUAAAUUCAGUUAAAAAAAUUUAACGUUACUACGCUAGCAAUAUUGCAUACAGCUAAGCGCAUCAAUUUCUGCAUCAAUGCAUGUCUGCUCCAAGAACUCCAUGUAACCAUUUGUAAGAGCACUUGGUACCUGUGUGAGGAGAGGUGAGCUGCUCCACAAAUCUUGGGUAGGUCUGGUAUAUAUACAUAAAACAUUGUUUGCAGGCUCACCCAGGGUACAAUUUGUAGCUUCUCAUGUAGACCUAAGCUGUGUUGAGUAUCCAAUAGUUGAUGGAGUCAAUCCAUUAGCUUUAGAGAAUGCGCCAUGAGGUUUUCUGUUAAAUAAUCCCUUCUUCUAAAUGGGGUGCAGCCCUAUUUAAAUGCAAAUUUGUGUUGGUGAACUACAGUGUCCCACUAACCCGGAGUCUAUGAUUAAAUAAAUACAAAAAUAAAUAAAAAACAUUUACUAAAUGUGGAUGGUGUAUGCUGUUUAGAGAUACAGUCUCUAUCUUUAAUUCAUUGGGAAUUACCUUCUUCAUGUCCUGGCAAGCCAGCUAGCGUGAAGUCAUGCCACCCAGAACAAUACAGCAUGAAUUCAUAAUGACACACCUGGUCUUCUAGUGCCAGUAAGGUACCACUCCCAGGAAAAAUAAUGCUUUCACUAAACCCACAAAACAGAGCUUCUGAGAGCACAUGUGAAUGCCAUAGCCUGCUCAGUGUACCAUGAAUACUUUGUCUUUUGUGAGAUAGAAUGUGAUGGUCUUUAUGUAAGAAGCGAUUCCUUCUUUAACAAGCAUUCGCCGCCUGUACGUCGGCCACUGGUAUUACAUUUCGCCCGAGUUUAUUUAUUUAGCUGCUGUAUUAUCAAUUAACAAUGGACAACUCAUGCACCCUCCUUGUUUUGGCAAUACAGCGCACAGUGAUGCCAUCAAUGGUUGCACUAGACUGUGGCAGCAAGACACUGCACCUACAACUUUUUGCUUGUUUGUGAAAUUAAAUUGUGAAUUUCAAAUUUAAGGUCAAAACAGCCAAACUGGAAAAAGUCACUGUCAGCUGGGCUUUCAGUUUGGCUGCUCUGGCCAUAAAUUUUAAAUUCGUUUUGAAUUCUCACUUUAGUGAAUAUCCCUGUUUGAAUUCUAGACAAUUCUUACUUUGUUAAUUCACAGUUAUUGUUGACUGAAUAACGCUGUAAGUGUUGCUGCAGAACGCUCCUUAUCCAGAGUGGUUAUUAUACUUAAUGCUUUGAAAAAUCGAUCAAUUUAUGCUCUCAGUGAACGGGAGGAGGAUAUCAACUCGUUAUAUCUUUCGUAGGGGCAGUUAUUCACUAAACAGUGAGUUGAAGUGAAAUAAAACCAACUUGCCAGAUUCUAAGUCAAAAUAGUAAGUUGGGAGGAAAUACCCAAUUUGACCGAUUUGGAGUUUCCCCCCAAUUUUUUAUUAAAUUUUGCAUGUCUGUUUAGUGAAUUAAACCCAUUGUUUUUUAAGCUAAAACGUCAGGACCAAAUAGACUGAUUUGUUAGCUGAUGUGAUAAUGCUCUGGUUCUUUUACAGGUUACACCGAUGCCAGGACGAUACCGCAGUGGCUGACGGGACUGAUCGCAGUGGCCGUGUUUCUCUGCCUGGUCCUUGGGGUUUACUUGGUAAACCGAAUGUGGAAUAAAAGAACACAGUGAGUUUCUAGAACACUCUCUGUUCGACUUUUAACCCCUUGAGGACACAUGCCAUGUGUGACAUGUCAUGAUUCCCUUUUAUUCCAGACGUUUGGUCCUUAAGGGGUUAAAUGGGGUAAGCAACCUUCAGCACUCUGGAUCCACAAUAUCUGGAGUGCCAAAGAUUGCUCAUAAUAUAGAUAGAAAUAUAUGUUAACACCCGGAGGAUUCUAUUGUUCCAAAGCCAAAAGUAUCCUUUUCACCAAAAAAGAGGAUUUUUUUUAUCUUAGGGAAAAAUUGCUACUUAUAUCUAAAAUCACAUGCAUAGAACAUAGAGGCUCUGCUCAUUGAAACUAAUUUACCUUUGACACCAACAUUAGCAGUGAUCUUAAAAAGGGGAACUAAAAUGCUAAUGCUAGAAUAUUUUUAUAUAUUAUUAGAUGAAUCUGUAAUGACUUUAGCCCUGUAGUGUUUUAUCCUCUUGAGCCUAUUUAAUGAACAGUGCCUCCUCUAAGCAAUGCACAUCGGGCAGCUGCCACUGAUCCAAACAGUUAGACAGACCAACUGACACAGCAGCUCACACUGGGGAGAACACAGCAGCUCACACUGGAGGGAACACAACAGCUCACACUGGAGGGAACACAGCAACCAGGGCCGGACUGGGGAUACGAAGCAGCCCUGGAAAAAAAAUCUAUGCCAGCCCCAUAAGCCAUUGUGCUAUGUAGGAUGUAGGGUGUGUAUAUAUAUAUAUAUAUAUAUAUAUAUAUAUAUAUAUAUGCAAUUGAAAUAGUUGGUUGCACUCUCGGAUUUCCUGAAAAUGUAACUUUUAUUGAAAUAUUUAAGAGAAGAUCAAUGUUUCAGUCCCUCUUGUGGACUUUCGUCAUGAUCCUGAUGCAAGUCCACAAGAGGGACUGAAACGUUGAUCUUCUCUUAAAUAUUUCAAUAAAAGUAAAAUUUUAAGGAAAUCCGAGAGUGCAGCCAACUAUUUCAAUUGCCUAUAUAUAUACUGGAGCCCUGGUGAUGCAACAGUAUAUAUAUAUUUUUUUUUAUUGAUACAUUUCUUCUAAUUCAAAAUAUUAGUUCUUUUAGGGUAAUUAAAUUAUACAGUAAAGCAUACUCACACACAGACAGACAAUCUUACUGAUGCACACAAAUAGGCUCAUUGACAGACAAUGACACACACAGACAAGGUUACUGGCACACACACAACUUUAGUACAGACAAACUCUGAUACACACACACAAGCUUACUAUAGACAAGCUCACUGUCACACACACACGCUCACUACAGAAAGCUCACUGAUGCGCACACACUCUCCCUACAGACAAGCCCAUUGACACACACGCUCCCUACAGAAGAGCUCACUAACACACAGAUUCACUACAGACAAGCUCACUGACACACACAUGCUCACUACAGACAAGCUCACUGACACACAUAUGGUCACUACAGACAAGCUUACGAUCACACUCAUGCUUACUACAGACAAGCUCACUGUACACACAUGCUCACCACCGACAGGCUCCGACACACCCAUGCUCCUUACAGACAAGCUCACUAACACACAUACAAGCUCACUCACUAGCAGGCACACACACACACACACACAAACUCGCAGGCACACACACACACAGAGGCUCCCUCACUAGCAGAUGCGCGCACACACACACACCCAGAGGCAGGCAGUCACUGACACCCAGGCAGACAGCCACACACACACACACAGGCAGUCACUGACAAUCAGGCAGACAGUCACACACACACACAGGCAGACAGUCACACACACACAGGCAGACAGUCACACACACACAGGCAGACAGUCACACACACAGUCACACUCACACAGACAGUCACACACACACAGUCACACAGACAGUCACACACUCACACAGACAGUCACACAGACAGUCACACACUCACACAGACAGUCACACACUCACACAGACAGUCACACACUCUCACAGACAGUCACACACACACAGACACAGACAGUCACACACACACAGACACAGACAGUCACACACUCACACACUGACCUGCUUCUUCCCUCCUGCUUGGAGCUCCUGGAGGCUGGUUGUUGGGGAGGCAGGAACUCCUUCCUGCUUCCCAUGCUGCAGUCAGCCAGGCCCCCGCCGCACGCUAAGCUCCGCCCCGCCGCACGCUAAGCUCCGCCCCUGCCACACGUAAGCCCCACCCCGCCGCUAAUUUAUUUUUAUUUUUCUCAUCCCCGCCGUCCAUGUGUGAGCUGUGCCGGCCGCUUGGCUCCCCCUGCUCCCAUGGGGCUCUGUGCGGCCGCACAGCUCACACAUGGCCGGCCGGGAUUACAGGGCUGCAUAGGAGCUGUCAGCUCAAUGAUCAGGGCUGUCAGACCGGCCCCAGAUGCCGCGGCCCACCGGGAAAUUUCCCGGUAUCCCGGUGGGCCAGUCCGGCCCUGACAGCAGCUCACACUGGGGGGAACACAUCAGCUCACACUGGGGGGGACACGUCUGGAGGAUGCCCCAGUAUUUUACUCUAAAAGGAUAUUAUCAUUAAUGUACAAAGUAUCAAAAAUGUAUAUAUAUUAUGAGAUAAAGUGGUCCAUCUCUUAUUAGUUCUAUUACUGUGAGUUAAAGAACUUUCCCAAAUCAAUAAUUUUUGCCUAAAUUAUGCAAUGUUUAGGUUUUACAUUCACUCGAAUUUGAUGUUUAGUGAAUAAGCCCCAGCUCAUUCUAUAACCUUUGUAGCAUGGCAUGACCCAAUGGUAGAAUUAGGCAAGGGGUAGCGGGUCAUAUCUAUGAUGACUAUUUUAAACAUCCCUUGUGGUAUUUACCAGUCUGUACCUAGACCUAGAAACAUAGAAGGUUUUAAAAGGACACUAAGGCUGUAGGUUACCCUCAUUUUAGUACAUUUCUAAAGCUUUGCCUCAUUUUGAAGCUUUAUCUUGUCAUGUUGGGGGGUGGGACGAUUAGUUGUUUGCUUAAGAUAAACUGAAUAUUGUUCUCAGUGUUUACAUUAAUGCUCGUGUGUGUUUCCAGGAAUAACCUGCAAUCAGAAACAACCGGGAAAUCUCUAGAAUGUGAAGAAACCAUCCCCAAUGGCACAUACACGCGAUACGUCGAACACAGUCCCAAGUGGGUAUAAAUACAGGCAGCAGGGAAAGAGUGCUGUAAGAAAAAAAUCAGUCUAGCUUUUUCAUAAUUAUCACAAGACCUCAUUAAUUAAAAAAGUAAUUAUCCAUUUUCAAACACCAAAGGUCUCGAUGGCAGGCCCGCUUGGCACCUAAGGCUUCAGCGAUCAGAGAUGUUUUGCUGCAGACUUUUUUUUCUUGUCGCCAUGGGUGGGGAUAAAUUAGCUCCUCCUCUUGUCACACAGCUUUUUUAUUUGCAAAGCAUUCUUUAUAAUAGAUACAAAGAAAGAGUAGUCCCAGCUGGGGGGAGACUCAAUGCUGAUAUGUGUGCAUAAGUAGAGCAAAAUAAUACUUAACAGCUAAAUAGCUUCCUUCCGAGUUCUCUAAUGUAUUGGAGGGUCUAAUGCCCCACAGCUUGAAAAUGUUCCCACAUGUAUCCAAAAUGGCUAAUCACUUUAUAUAUAACAAAGUACAAUGUGGUCUAUCGCUGGGUGGCAAAAAUAAAAACGAAUGAAAUAAAUAAAAAGCCACAGUCUGCUCUAUCUCCGUCAAAAUAGUCUCAAGCAGCAAUAAAGACCUAUCUGGUGGGUCUAUAACCUAAUCAUUGCUGCUAAGACCAACAUUUUCAAGCUGUGGGGCAUUAGACCCUCCAAUACAUUAGAGAACUCGGAAGGAAGCUAUUUAGCUGUUAAGUAUUAUUUUGUUCUACUUAUGCACACAUAUCAGCAUUGAGUCUCCCCCUAGCUUUGUAUCUAUUAUAUUAUAUUCUCAGGGUCCAAGCCCGUAGGUGGAGCUGAUACCACUAUGUUGACCUGGUCUCUAGUCCAACCAGUUUGGAUGUAGAGGCAAACUUUCUUUUGCUUUUCACAAAGCAUUCUUUAUAUGAGAGUGUAUAAAGCAGUAUAGGAGGAAAACCUACACCUAUAAGUGGAGCGCUGAAAGGAUGAGGAGGUACACUUGAUAGCAAGCUUGGUAUAUAGUACUUUUGAAAAGAAACAAAAAAAAACGCAAUAUAGUGCAGCUGGUACGUCACAAUAAAAUCAGAUAAAAUGGUGGUGAAGUGGAACACUCACAUUUAAAGGAGCCUGUCUGUGAAAACUGGCUCCGUAAUAAGGCUUGUAUGCUUUGAAGGCAGCAUCACACCUAUAAUCCACGAUACGAUGUAUCUCAAAGAGAAAACAUGGAGAGAAGGGAACCAAUGUGCAGUCUGUUUCAAAUGAUGUGCAAGGUGAAAAUAAGUAAAAUGCUUUUUUGAGAGCCCUGUCUCCUGGCUCUGAGGAGUAAUAGCUAUGUGCCAGUACAUGUGGCGAUGGCUAUAUACAAAGCUUACUAUCAAGAUCCAUGGGGUAGGUGUACCCCCUUAUCCUUUCAGCGCUCAACUCAUAGGAUUAGGUUUUCCAAUUAUCCCGCUUUAUAGACUUUGGAAUUUUUGGGGUAUUUCCACACAAGUGUUUUGAGCUGCUGUAACGAAUUUAUCCUCGAUCCUAGCACUUUAUUGGACACACAUUCCUGCCAAAAGGAGGUACACUUCACUCAUUCUUUAUGUGGUUUAUCUUUGUGACACAUAUUUGAACACAUUUCAGAAAAUGCUUAGAUGCCUGAAGGCAGGGAUGACCAAAAGUAAAUCCAUAGAUUUCGAGGUGCAUUACAAUAUUAUAAAGGGUGGCAUUUAACAAUGGGUGAGACACUUACAUGUUACAGAACUAGACAUCCUAUGAUGCUUUGUCAGAUGUAAGGCAGGGUUAUUGCUACAUUUCAAAAAUACCUAGGGCUUGAGACCAGAAGAAAAUGUUAAAGGGGCACUAUAGUCACCAGAACAACUACAGCUUAUUGAAUUUGUUGUGGUGAGUAUAAGCAGUCCUUUCAUGAUUUUUGCAGUAAACAAUGUAUUUUCAGAGAAAAUGCAGUGUUUACUUUACAGCCUAGUGAUAACUCCACUGGCCACUCCUCAGAUGGCUGCUAGAGGUGCUUCCUGGGACAGUGCUGCACAGUGUGACUGACAUUCAGUGUCUCCCCCUUUGCAUGCAGACACUGAACUUUACUCAUAGAGAUUCAUUCAUACAAUGCAUAUCUAUGAGGAGAUUCGGAUUGGUCAGUGCUGUUUGGCUUGUGCUGUCUUUGUCCCUAAUCAGCCUCCUUGACAAGCUCAGCGACUCCAAUGCUUUCCUGUGGGAAAGCAUUGUGAUUGGCUUUGAUCAACAUUUUGGUUGAUAUCAGCCAAGCAGGCAAAUCAGGAGCAGAGCCAUCAGCAGCAGACUGGAAUAAAGGUAAGAUUUUACUAUAAUUAGGGGGAGCAAAGGGGGGACAGAUGGUAUUUUGUACAUUAAAGGGUCAGGAUUACAUGUUUGUGUUCCUGACCCUAUAGCAUUCCUUUAAAAUGUAUCUCCACUCACAGAGUUGUGUUUCUGUGGCAUGUUUGUGAAAGUAAAAAAAAAUAAAAUGGCAUCUGUCAAUGGGUCGGAUAUAUUAGGCAGCAACAUAUGAACAGUCAUUUCUUGAAUUUCAUGUGUUGGAAGCAGGAAAAGCAUCUCCAGAAUUAUUUAUUUAUUUAUUUAUAAAAUCUUUUACAAGGAAAGAUACAUUGAGAUUUCUCUCGUUUUCAAGUAUGUCCUGGGUCCACAAAUCAUUGCAUUGUUACAAUUAGGAUACAAUAAAAUACAAAAACAAUAUUACUACACAAUAUAUACAAAAAUUAACAUAGAACAGGCAGGAAAUAUAUAACCAACCAUGACACGUGCAUUCUGUUUUGAGGUAUGUAGAGAGGGAUCUCUUAAAUGACUUUAGGCUUAGGGAAGAUUUCAAAUUGUGCGGGAGGUCGUUCCACAAUUGCGGUGCUUUGUAGGAGAAGGAGGAUCUUUUUGUAUUGAGGUAGACUAAGUAAAGUGCUUGUACUGGAUCGGAGCUUAUAGAAAGUGGGAACAGCUGAGGAAAGCAUUGUGUUCAGGUAGGGUGGGAGUUUCCCAGAAAAGCUCUUAAAAACAAGGCUGGAAAGAUGAAGGGUGCGUAUGGAUUCCAGCGACAGCCAGUUUAGUUCUUUUAGUAUGUCACAAUGGUGGGUCCUGUAAUUACAUUGUAGCACAAAUCGGCAGAACGAGUUAUACAAUGUAAUGAGUUUAUUAAUGUGGGAUUGCGAUGCAGACGCAUAUACUACAUCCCCAUAAUCAAUGAUUGGCAUCAGCAUUUGAUGUACAAUCUUUUCCUUUACUGUAGGGCUUAGGCAGGCUUUGUUUCUGUACAGGGCACCUAAUUUUGGAUAAAGUUUAGAUGCAAGCUUUUCUAUGUGCAGGCCAAAAGAUAGAUUGGGGUCUAAUAUCAUACCCAAGUAUUUGAAAGAGUGGACUGUGGUCAGUGUGCCAUUUGAAUUUGUUUUGAUGGAUAGGUGGGAAUUGUGUAAUUUGUGUAAUUUAGGUACUGUUCCAAAGAUCAUUGUGACAGUUUUGUCAGUGUUCAGAAAGAGUUUGUUUUUUGCGAUCCACUUUUCUACCUCUGUAAACUGGUCUUGGAGCACAGCCUCAAGUUGCGGUAGAUUAGAUUUGCUCGCAUAGAUUACCGUGUCAUCUGCGUACAUGUGUACAUUUGAGGAUUGGCAGACAUUAUUUUUUUUUUUUAAAUUCUUUAUUUUUUCAUCUUGGCAAUGGUAGUCAGGUAACAUUAACGUGACGGCUUGUGCAAAAGCCUGAUAAAUAGUAAACAAGUUCAAUUGUAUUUAUACAUGUGCUAAUAUAAUGCAUAGACAGUAAGUUAUGGUACCGAUAAGCUAAUUUGGCUACCUGCCAAGGGAUUUUCUAUUUUUAUAAAACUUUGAGUUUGCACAAUAUACACAACAGGAAUGCAUAUAACUUUGGGGCUUACGCAGAAGCCAACUUGGAUAUAAGUUUUGAGAACAUGGCGUACAUCCCCUGAUACAACCUUAGCCCUUUCCUCGAAUUAAGAAAACCUUGGUACCUGACGGCUACGGAAGGUUUUACAUACACUAUAAACAAAACAGGUAUAUAUACACAUUUAGGCUCACAAGGGAGCCGCAAGGAAUUACAUAGCUUGUAGAUAGGUAAUACUCGACCUGGACCUUGCAUGCGCUUUCUGCUAGAAAAAACCUUGGGGCCCCCAGUCUAUUAGGGUAAGUUAUUUUAACCUAGGGCAGACCGAUAGGGAAAACGAUUAGGCUUUAUGUACGUUUAUCCCUUCAGUACUCUAGCUACUUCAAUCCUCUGACCGUAUGAUCCUGCUUGAAUAAAGAAACGGAAAGCAAAGAAUUAAGAAGAAUUAGAAAAGGAGAGGAAAAAGAUUGGAUAGAAAACCCAAGAAAAAGGAAAUAGCAAAGAAGGAGGUGGAGGGAGGGCGGGUGGGGGGGGGGCAGUUCAGUUGUGGCGUUAACAGACGUGUCGCUUUACAUAAGGAUGUGGAUAUCAUGAGUUCAUUCCCACUUGUGUGAGGCUCUCAAUCUUCGUUCGAACCCAGUAUGCUAUUGUCCCAUGGUUCCCAUGUUUUUUGAAAUGUCGUAGUGUUCCCUCUCACCCUUGCAGUUAGAUCGUCCAUGAUUCUACACUCUUUGAUUCUAGAGAUAACCCCUGAGAAUUCUGGGCCCUCAGGAGUGAGCCACGCUAACGCUAUCGCGCGACGUGCACACAAGGUAAUCUUGUGUACUAGUGUCUGUUCCCUCUUUGUCCACCCGUCCACCGAUCUAUUGAGCAAGUAGAUCCACGGAUCAAGUUUUAGGGGCCGAUCGAAAGUUUGUCUCACCAAAUCCUCCACAGAUCCCCAAAAACCCCGCAACUUCGGGCAUUCCCACCACAUGUGGAUGUAUGAUCCUCGGACCCCGCAUCCCCUCCAGCAAUCAUCCGUCUCCAGUUUGUGCAUUUUAUGUAAUUUAAUUGGGGUAGUGUACCACCGAAACAUAGUUUUCCAAGACUGCUCCUGGAGGGUGACACAUAUGGAGACUUUUGCGUUCGCCUCCCAUAUUUCCUGCCACUCUACCCCCUCUAAAACCUCCCCGAGGUCGGUCUCCCAUUGGGCCGUAUAAGACAAACUUCCCCAUUCUCUAUUUUCUUCACUGAGAUGUGCAUAUAUUAACGUGAUCAUCCCCUUGGGGGAAACCCCGUCGGAGCAUAACUUCUCAUAGAAGGUGGGUUUCCCCAGGGCAGCAGUUUUAAUAUGUUGUUGUUUCGCGUAGUCCCGAAUUUGGACAAACCUGAAGAAGUCCGCGGGGGUUAGAUGGUUACCCGAUUGUAAGUCUGCAAAUUGUAUAAGCUCCCCGUUUUGAUAGAGCUGAUGUAGCCGUUGUAGACCCGUUCUUUCUAUAUUGCGGAAAUUUCUGGGGGCCAUGCCGGGAGGGAAUUCUCUAUUGCGGAGGAUCGGGGUCAAGGGAGAGGGGGAUGACGCCAGCCCAUAUUUGGUGGUACAUUUGUCCCAUAUCCAAAUCGAGUUUAGGAUCGCCGGGCACGUGACCCGUAUCAUCGGUCUGUGUUCUUUGGGAACCCAUAUUGUAAACUGUGGCACAUCUACGCCCACCAUCAUAGACUCGAUGUCUACCCACCUUCUCUCAUCUGGCGUGGAGUGCCACAUGGCUAUCUGCGUCAAUUGGGCCGCCAUAUAGUAGAAGUAAAGAUUUGGGAGGCCCAGACCCCCCCUAUCCUUUCGUCUGUAUAAGAUCUGUUUAGAGAUUCUGUGUCUCUUAUUCUGCCAAAUAAAAUCUCCUAUAGAUCUUUGCAGGGGAAUCAGUUGUGUCUUUGUGACCCGGAUGGGCAGAGCCUGGAAAAGAAACAAUAUACGUGGAAGAAUAUUCAUCUUUACCGAGUUAAUCCUGCCCAUCCAGGAAAUAGGUUUAUCUGUCCACUUGUCGAGGUCUCCCGUCAGUUCCCUGAGCAGCGGAGCAUAGUUAGCAGAAUAUAGACGUCCGGGGUCCGCUGUCAGAUUUAUCCCUAAGUACUUCAGAGAAUCCCUUUCCAUUCUUAUUUGGUGGGUCUCCUGUAAUCUAGCUAUGACGUCUUGUGGUAGACAAAUCGGGAGGGCGCUGGACUUCUGAAUGUUUGCUUUAUAACCUGAUACCAUACCGAAUUCCGUUAUUACAUCCUGUAUCGCCAUCAUUGAUUCAUGAGGGGUUGUAAUGGUCAAAAGGACAUCGUCUGCGUAUGCCGACACCUUAAACUCUUUGUCUCCCACCCUUACCCCUGCAAUGUUCGGAUGUCGGCGUAUCGCUUGAAGGAAGGGCUCGAGCGCUAAGACAAAAAGAAGGGGAGAUAGUGGGCAACCCUGUCUUGUUCCGUUGUACAAAUUGAAAGGAUGUAGCGGAGCUCCCGAUAUCUGCACCUGUGUUCUUACGUUGUGGUACAUUGCUCUUGUUAUUGUGAGGAAUUCGUCUGGGAGGCCCAAACUCUUUAAAACUGGAAAGAGGAAUUGCCACCUGACCCUAUCGAAAGCUUUCUCUGCAUCUAUGGAUACAACUAAUGUAGGGGUCUCUGAGGUCACUUGUUUCCAAAUCAAGUCAAUGUUCCUUCUUGUGUUUUCGAACAAUUGCCGACCUUGGAUAAAACCCACUUGGUCUGCAUGAAUUAUAGAGUGCAAAAGCGGAUUUAAUCUAUCUGCUUGAAUUUUUGCUAAGAUCUUAAGAUCGUGAUUGAUCAGCGAGAUAGGUCUGUAGUUCUCGGGGUAAAGUGGAUCCUUUCCAGGUUUGGGCAACAGUACCAUGGUCGCCAGUGACAUAUCAUGGGCUAGUUGACCACCCUGCCGGAGAUCGUCAAAAAGACGGGUCAAUUGAGGCGUGAGUUCUUCCCUGAAUGUUUUAUAGUAUGUGCCAUCGAAACCAUCUGGACCUGGUGCUUUGUUGCCUUUCAGGCUCGAUAUAGCUUUAUCUAUUUCCUCUUCUGAGAUAGGUGCCGCUAAAGUGUUUGCCAUCUCCUCAUUCAAUUUUUUCAUUCCUAACCUGUCCAGAUAUUGCCUUAUAUACUCCUCCUCGUGCUCCCCGAAGGGACUCCCAUCUGGGGUGUGAUUAUACAGCCGUCGGUAGAAAUCCUCGAAUAUCUUUGCUAUCUCCACUGGGUUUGUCCUCGUCAUGCCGUCCGGGUGUUUAAGUGCAGUUAUGUGGGACCUCCCCUGCCUUGGGCGAAGCGUCCUGGCCAGGAGGGUGUCCAUCUUGUUUGCCUUUUCGAAAAAGGUCCUUUUGGACCAGGUCAUAGAUCUCGCCGUAUCAUCAAGUAAUAAGGUUCGGGUGUCACGUCUGAUCGCCUCCAAUUGUCUGAGAGUGCCCUCUGUUGGCUCAGUUUGGUGUUUUUGUUCUAGGGAUCUCAGUCUUCCUAGUAAAAAUUCCAGUUUCUGGUACUUCGUUUUCUUUCUCCUGGUGGCCAGUUUAAUUAGGGUCCCCCUGAUGACCGCUUUGUGGGCCGCCCAUACCGUGCUCGCGUUCACGUCGGGCAUGGUGUUGAUCUCAAAGUAAUCUGCUAUUUCUUUCCUAGUUUGUUCCAGGAUUAUCGGGUCACGAAGCAGGGACGUGUUCAAUUUCCAUGUCCAUGGUGAAGCUACGCAUAGGUUGCCUAAUGUGAUGGAGAUAUCAGCGUGAUCCGACCAAGAUAUAUUACCCACCUGUGACCCUACCGUUCGGGACAUUCCCGCAGCGUUGGUUAAGAAUAGAUCUAUCCUAGAAUACGUUCCAUGGGGAGCUGAAUAAAAGGAGUAGUCCUUAUCCCCCGGAUGGUGAGCUCGCCAUAUAUCUACCAGUCUGGUCUCGGAUAUGAAGUCUUUAAGAAGGCGAUCCUGGCCGCCCCUACCCUGUGAUCUAGGAGUACCCCUCCGUGAGCUCCUGUCUGCCGCUGGGCACGGGACCGCAUUGAAGUCGCCGCCUAAGAAUAUCAUUCCGUGGGUCAUCCCCGAGAUUUUCCCUCGUAGCCCUUCCCAGAACCUUGGGUCCGGCUGAUUUGGUGCGUAUAUAUUAAUCAGAUGGAUGGGAUGUGAGUGUAAGAUGCCUGAAACGAUAAUGUACCGACCGUCCGGGUCUGCUUCAUGAUGUGUCUCCCGGAAGGGGCAACUGCCUCUAAUGAGAAUUGCCACCCCGUUACGUUUACAGUGGGACCUAGCCUCAUAUGAACCAGCAUAUGUGUGGUCCCUCAACCGAAAAACGGCCUGUUUAGGUAGGUGGGUUUCUUGAACAAAAGCAAUGUCCGCUCUCAUCCUCUUUAAUUCUCGGAACAGGAGUCGACGCUUCUUUGGAGUGUUGAGGCCCUUUGUAUUCAGGGAAAUUAUCUUAAUCUCCAUCAGGCGGAGCCGUUAUGGUGCUAUAUGUGUUUCUCAAGACCGAGUGCACUACCUGUACCCCAAUAGGUCCCUGAAAGAGGACCUCUGCUUGCCCCCCGCAUCCACCACCCCUCAGGAUAAAGGUAAAGAGUAGGGAAGAAAAGGUAGAAAGUGAAAAAGAUAUAGAAUAAUAAGAACUACAUCCGGACUCAGUCCGAUGAACAGAAAUUCUGGUCUUACCAUUCGCCAGAUUUUUGUGGGGGACAUCAUCCCUCAUUCCAGCCACGGUCAACGUUGGGAGGAAACGAUGGGAUCUAGCGCUCCUCCGCAUAGGCGCCACGUGUAUUUCGCUUGGACCUCUAUAUUAACCGCUAAGGGAGCCGCGCCACCCAGUCUAUUGGGGGUAUCUUUCCCACCCCCCAUGUGUUCUGAUGCUGAUCGCGGAGCCCUCGCAAAAAUACUCCGCCCUGCCUGGGCCCAGUGAGAAAAACAAACUGUCUGGGCUCAAGGCCCUGUGCUAUCGGGGUCGCCAACCCUCGUUCAUUUCCCUCCUCCCCGCUGCUACACCACUGGGACAAAGGAAGCGCUAAAUUCUAAUGAAACUAUUUACAGAUCACAUUUUAAUAAACGUGUUACGGGCUAGUAGGUUCAGCUCGAUCAAUACGUAACAUACAACGCAUUUGGUCCUUGUUUAAUAUUUUGCCAUUUGAUAACAUUGUUAUUUUUCAUUAUUUUUGCGUUUUUUUUUUUUAUUAUUUAUUUAUUUAUUUUUUCUCCCCGUUGUCCCUUUCUCCUUCAUCCUCCCUCCCCCCCUCUCCCUCUGACCCCUCAAUCCCGCUUCUGUCUGUCUAUCUCCCAUCUACAGGCCCCCCCAACCCCAUACCGCCCUCGUACCCGUAAAGAGCCAAUCCUUACGUUCAACAGUUUGUUCAUGACCCCCGUGGUUGAUUGGGUGUUAUGGAUUGGGGGAUUGUACUAAACUAUGUGUAAGUAUGCAUCCAGGGAUGCCAUAUCGUAAGUAUCAGACAAGCUAAUAACAAUGGUGCAGGCAGAUCAAACUAAGUACGUUCAUUACGGGCCGUAUAUCGCUUUUUUUCUCUGCCUCGUGAAUAAAAAUCCCCUGUAUCUCAUUACAAUUGUCCACCUCCAGGACCAUAUGGCGCAAUCGUACAUUGGGGAGACAGGUAAAACUCUAUUAUGUGCCAACACCACAUCAUUUUCUCCCUGCCGGGGACACCCAAAAAGCCGCCCUACUGUCCGAGUUAAUGUUCACCCGUUCGUAUGGUCGCCCCCCAUGGCCGGGCCUCACACGAGACGGUCAUCGGACCUGCCAGAGGGGGCAAGCAGCCGCACAGGGGGACAGCUGAUUGUGCCAAAAGGGCCCACAAAUGUACACUCCCAGCCUGUAUCUCCCUAGCCGAGUGCCCGGGAGAGCCAUAUUGUAUGGAAAUGUAGAGGUGCUUAUCACCAACGUUAAUGGUGCUUAUAAUGGGGGGUAUAGCUAUCUAAGACAGGGAAUGUGGAAUUCUGCCACCACCUUUACUCUGGGAGGGGCUAUUGGUGUAGCAAUUGCAGGUCUGACCCAUCCCGUAGGGGAGACUCUUGAUGAGAAUUGUGUCGUCUAAUAGCAAGCACUCAUUUUAGUGCCGCUCGUAUACAUGUAUCUAGAAAGUAGUGAACCACUUUUGACCUUUCUCCUCUCCCUCGUGACCUCCCCCCGUACCGUCCCCCUCUCUCUCUUCCCUUUUUUUUUUCCCCCCGCCCCCCCCUUCCCCUCCCUCUGUUUGAACAAUUUUCGAUACCAUUUAAAAGGAUGAUAUCACCCUCCCGCAACCUCCAUUUAACUUUGCAUAGAUCCGGUGGUCGCACCAGCAGGACAAUAGAGCAACACAACAAUACACCGAACCUGUCCUGGGGUGUCUAAGACCCUCAAUUUGUCCUUCUCAGAUGUCUUCACACAAAAAAUGGGGGGGGGAAAAAAGUCUAUGACCCAGUUCCAAGGACCGGUACACUGGUGCCGUAGGGUGGCCGGGGGCCCCCCCAACUCUGCCCUACCGGCCGAGAGGAAAGGAGACCCUCAAUCCUAAGAGCCCCAAUGGCCCCGACGGGAGGCCAGGAGAUCCUCGGGCAUCCCUGUUAAGGGUGGGGAUGGGCAGGAGAAAAAAGGGGGAACCACGGGACAAAAACAGGGGUAAAAAGGGGGAGACCAGGGACUGACCCGCCACCCCCUCGUUCCCACCCAAACAAUGUGAUAAUGUGCUUCUGGUGUAACAGGCGUAGUGGGGCGCUGUCAGAUCCGCUGAGCUACAUAGGGAUCCCGGGACUGGCCAAAAACAGGGCGAGAGACAUACCUGGUGACCCACCCCAAGCUCCCCAUGUACUGCUGAGAUCCCGCACCCGCGUCCCCCACCCAACAGAAAAUGAAAAACAAGGCCCCAUCACCAAAAAUAGAGGAUUGGCCUGCAGAAACAAUCAUAACGAGACUCUCUGAAUACGAUACCGCUAUUCGUUAGCGCUGGCUUCUGGGCCCCACUCCACGCCACUCCGUCUGAAGUUGUGGAAGCUCCGCCGGGCCCAUCGUCAGAUCAGGUAGGUCUGGGGGGGACUGGAUUCCCAAGCCCUGGAGUAAGCGCUUCGGAUCUCCACCUGGUGACAGGACGUGGGCUCUCCCCUCGCGGAACACCAUUAGCUUGAAAGGGAAGCCCCAGGCGUAUUUCAGGCCUGCUCCUCGCAGAGCCCCGGUUAUGGGCCGCCAGUCUCUCCUCCGUUGUAAUGUCGAGGGAGCCAGGUCUUGGAAAAAAGAUAUUGUGGCUCCGGCGUGCCGGAUCGGCCCAUCACGGCUCUUUUUCAUCAGGGCUUCUUUUGUUUUGAAAUAGAGGAAUUUUAUUAUUACGUCCCUCGGGGCGUUGGCUUCGGCCCUCUGCGUUUUCAUCACCCUGUGAGCUCUCUCCAUGUGCCACUGUUCCUCUGGGAUGUGUGGGAGCAGCGGCCUAAAGACUGAUGUUAAAAGGCCCUGCAGAUCUUCAUCCGACCCCUCAGGCAAGCCUCUUAUGCGGAGAUUGUUUCUCCGAGAACGGUUUGCCAUAUCUUCCAGGGCUAAAUCCAUGUCGAGCAUAUGCAUUGUCAUGCGAUUUAUCCGGUCGGCUGCCUCAUUGUGGGCCUGAGUUGUCGCUUCCAUGCGGUCUUCCAAUUUUGCCGUGCGCUCUCCCAGGGCACUUAUGUCGGCCUGCAGAACAGCCGUUGACUUGGCUAUUUCUCCAGCAAGGAACGAUCUCACCUCCGCCAAUUUUGCGAGAACAGUGCUUUGUUCCGCGGAUAGUGCCUCCUUGUCUACGCCGGGCGACGCAUGUGGAGAUACUCCGUCGCCAUCUUGGCUGUCGGCCCGGCCGUGCCGAUGGGCUGUGAGCAGGUCCAGAACUGAGCCACUGGACUCCGCAGUCCUCUUCGCUUGUUUCUUGGGGAGUCUUUUUUCCAUCCUGUAUAGGUUAGUGGGGGGGAAAAUGCCUUAAAAAGGUCGCUUUUGUCUGCUUAUGGCGCCGUUGGGUCGGAGCUCCAGUGAAGCACGUCUGGUCUCAUCGACAGUCAGACCACGCCCCCGAUUGGCAGACAUUAGGCAGAUCAUUUAUAAAUAAUGUAAAUAGUAGGGGGCCGAGAAUGGAACCCUGGGGAACACCACAUGUGACUGGGAGAGGGAGUCACUGUCAGAAAUGGACACAUAUUGCGAGCGAUCCGAUACAUACGAUCGAAACCAGUUUAGAGAAUGAUCACCAAUACCUGAUUUUUUGAGUUUGUGCAGUAGAAUGUCGUGGUCUACUGUGUCAAAGGCCUUAGCAAAAUCAAGGAAAAUAGCUCCAGUUAGGGCUCCUUGUUCCAUGCCAGUUUGGAUGUCAUUGCAAACUUUUAGGAGGGCAGUUGUAGUGGAGUGAUUCUGGCGAAAGCCCGAUUGAUCAGGGGUCAGAUAGUUUAAUUGUUGGUAGUACUCACAAAGUUGCGUAUGGACACAUUUUUCUAAGAUUUUUGACAAUACCGGGAGCAAUGAUAUUGGGCGAUAGUUAGAAACCAAAGUAGUGUCACCACUUUUAUGGAUAGGCACUACUCUCGCAGUCUUCCAAAGUUUGGGUAUGUAUCCAGACACCAAGGAUUCGUUAAUUAGAGUUGAGACGGGUUUAGCAAUUGCCGGCGCACUGAGCUUCAACAGCAUUGCUGGGAUUUGAUCAGGUCCGGACUGGUUUUUCAUUUUUAGAUUAUUAAGAUGUUUUUUUAAUGACACUAACAGGUACAGGUCUAAAAAUAAACUUGUCUAGAAUGGCAAGUCUUGUGGGUUUUUCCCAGUAUGCAGUGGCUAGCACCUAACAAAAUGGUGCAAGGAAGGGCAACCUGUGAACCGGCGUCAAGGGAUCCCAGGGUUCAUUGAUGCACAUGGGGAGCAAUGGGUAGCCCGUCUUGUCUGAUCACACAGAAGAGCUACUGUAGCUCAAAUUGCUGAAAACCUUAAUGCUGGCCAUGAUAGAACACACAGUGCAUUGCAGUUUGCUGCAUAACCUCAAACCAGUCAGAGCACCCAUGCUGACUUCUAUCCACCGCUGAAAGCAUUUCCAAUGGGGAUGUGAGCGUCAGAACUGGGUGAUGGAGCAAUGGAAGAAGGUUGUCUGGUCUGAUGAAUUAUGUUUUCUUUUAGAGCAGGUGGAUGACAGGAUGCAUGUGCGUUGUUUCCCUGGGGAAGAGAUGGUAGCAAGAAUCACUAUGGAAAGAUGUCAGUCCAGUGAAGGCAGUAUUAUGCUCUAGGCAAUGUUCUGCUGGGAAACCUUGUGUCCUGGAAUUCAUGUGGAUGUUAAUUUGAUAUGUACCACCUAAAUAGAGAUUGUUGUAGAAUAUAUACACUCCUUUAUGGAAAUGGUGUUCCAUGAUGGCAGUGGCGUCGUUCAGCAGGAUAAUCCACCCUGUCACAUGGCAAAAAUUGUUCAGGAAUGCUUUGAGGAACAUGAAAAAAGUUCAAGGUAUCGCCUUGGCCUCCAAAUUCCCCAGAUCUCAAUCCAUGCAACUUGUAGGAUCUGCUGCUAAUGUCUUGGUGCCAGAUACCACAGGAAACAUUCAGAGGUCUUGUGGAGUCCAUGACUUGACUCAUCAGAGCUGGUUUUGCAUCACAAGGGGAAGCUACACAAUAUUAGGCAGUUGGUUUUAGGCAGGGGUUUAUUAGUAUGCAUGUAUGGUAUGCAGGGAUAUACAUGUGUGUUUGGUGUGCAUGUGUAUAUAUGUGUUUAUGUUUGGUGUGCUUGGGAAUAUAUGUGUUUAUGUUUGGUGUACAGGGGUAUAGAAGUGAUAUUUGGCAGUAUCUAUCAUGUCUUGCUCUUCCAUUGCAGUUGGAUGUGCACCCACUACCUGCAUAACAACAACUGUGUGAAUCUCAGCACAACAGGUCUUCAAGAAACCUGUAUCUCUCUUAAAAUAUUAUUAUGUAGAGCAGACAUCAUUGUAAUAUUCCAUUAUAAUGUACUUCGCAUUGCUGUGAGACAGUUAAUGUCCUUUUACUUAAAAAAAGAAAGAAAAGGUUAAUCUCCACAGAUACAUUUCUGGACAUUCUGACAGUGCAGAAAGUACUCAUGCAGAGAAUCCCUUCUCCAAAUGUAGUUUACAGGUUAAUAUAUCUCCACGUACAAAGGUCGAUCCUUCUCUCCACAGCAGGGUCGAUCACUAUGUCUUCGCUGUCAGUAGUAAAUAAAUGGUGCUUCAAAUAUAUAGAAAAUGUGUGUUCUUCAUAAUGAUGUGAGAAUUUAUACUAAAAUAUAUCCUUCCAGCUCAUCUAUUUUAGCCUACAAUUAGAAACUGCAUUAUUAAAGUAACAAUUUAACAAAAAAAUAAACAGCAACAUUAUAUAUUCAAUGAUUGAAUUCAUUUUAGUUGGGAGCUUCUAGUGGCUGACUGUGAGACUGCAGUUUUGUCAUGUGUAGCGGAUAUUUCAGAAACAGCUGUUUUAAUUUGCAAGGUUGUGGGGGGCAGCAUCUGUGUCCCAAAAUCACCCCAUUAAAGGAAACACUCUAAAAUUAUAUAUAAAUGUAUUAAAUGUAUAUAUAAUAUAUUGGGCCCCUCUGGGAAAGAUAAAAAUACAGUUAAACUCACUCACCUUUUAUCACUGUCACAGAAUCCCAGCUGCAGCCAAUCUUCAUACUGACACAUGAUCUUAGGCCAAUGUGUUUAGAUGCUAACUCUGUAGUUAUGUGUUAACGAUGGUGAAAUUCCUCAUGAAAAAAAUACCAGUAAUACACAGAGAUACAUUGAUUAAUAGGGGGUUUGCUCAAAUGACCUCCAUUUUAUAUAAAUUUACAAAAAGUGGUCAGCAUACACAAAAGUAAACAGUCUCAAAUCUUUUAAAGGGACACUCCAGUCUCCAUAACCAACAGAGCGCACUGUAGUGUGUAUUGUACCAGGAGUACCCUGGAACACUAUGGGAGUAAAUAGUUAAACUGGUUAGGGAUGAUUUGAAAUUGUACCUGGGUCCCAGCAGUGCAGAGCAGCCCUCAUUGGCUGAAAGUGGUUGACUAAUAAAUGUGUCCCUGUGCGUCAGGCUUAGCUCAAUGGAGCUAACGGAAGUUCCUUGCAGAAGCAAUAUGGGAGGCAGAGGCCCAUGGAGUUAUGAAGCUUAAAGUGUAUUGAAAUAUAUUACACGACCUUUACUACCUCAUUCCCAUCCCAUAAGUUGUACAGAGCAUUACAUUAAAGGGUUGAGGGUCAUCCAGUGAGCAUCACCAUGUAACGUUUCAUUAAAACUACUCAUUUCAAAAAUAAGGCAUCAAGUGCAUGUUUUUUUCCCUCUAGCAAUAAAUAGUUAUAUAAAGAGACAGUCUUUUUUUUUUUUUAUAAGAGGACAAUCUAACCCAAACAUUUGCCAAAACUGCCCACAGAGCCUAAACAGGGGGACAAAGAGAACAAUUUAUUCCUGCAUUAGUACGCGCCUGGGGACAUCUGGCGUACCUCUUACACAUGUCUAUGUCCUCUUCUUCUUUUAUCAUCUUUUUGAUUAUGAAUUUUAUUUCUUUCUGUAUUGAUCUUCCAGACUUGCUCUGGCCUACACAUGCCCUUUAUUUCCUGCAAAAUAUCUGAAACUAGAUGUAUUCCUGUUUGCUAAGUAAAUGAGAGUCUCAUCAAUUCUUUUUUUCUUUGCAGGACCGAUCAGCAUGAACACGCAUAUGACAACCCGACUAUCGUAACAGACAACGAACUCACUACCGCAAUGUAACGGUUUUGUGUUGCUGAUUGGUUGAAAUCUAUGGCUGAACUGUAAAUAAAGGGUCAUUGCUGGAGAUAGGGCCACAAAUUGAAGCCAUGAAGAGAAGGUUAAACGUGGAAUAUAGAGCUAAGCUGUUACAUUGUAUAAAGCAUUCAUUGAUACAGAAACCUCAUUGAACUGUAGACAAAGACGGACAUCAAAAUGAUUGAGUUGUAUCUCAUUCUAGAUUUUAACCCAGGAGCACAAUGCUGCAUAGGAUGUUACCUAACCACAAACUAACCUCCAACAAACCCCAACAGUCCACAAAUUAAAUGGAAAUCUUAAUUAGAAGCUAGGAACAUUGUGUUAUGAUAAUAUAAAUCACAUCCUACUGUAAAUGUUGUAACCAUAUAACUAGAUAAAUGAAUAAAUGAUUCUUUGUUAUUUCUAAACUGCCAAAUUUAUUUUUAAUUCUUAUUCUUUCCUCAGCUCAUUUUACAGUAAGGCUUAGGAGUGGACCAUGAUUUUAUUAUUGGGUCAUUGUUCACGCUCCUAAGUACGAUGAUGUUUGUUUACUAACAUGGCAAAUUUUGGUAAGUUUAAAACCAGUUGCCAAAAUUUAGGUUGUGCUAAAAUUAUACAUAUAUUAUAGUUUAUUUCAAGACGUUUAUAUAUUUUUAAAAUGGCUAAUUUUAAUAAAAAAUUGUUUCAAUUAACCCGAUUAAAACAAGCAGCUAUACAACUAUACACGUGCAAAGUGUUUUUCAAAAAUUUAGAUUUUUUUUUUUGUGAGAUUAAUUUUUACUUGGGAUACAAAAUCAUUUUCUCUUUCAAUUACUACAUCGGCAACUUCAUUGAUCCCUUCUUUCGGCGAACCUAAUCUGCCCGAUCCUUUACUGAAUUGUGCAAUUCUUUUGCUAAAUUGGUGCAGCUCCUCCCAUAGUGGCUACAUCCUCCAUCAAGGCACCCCACUUCUACACAACAUCUCUCCAAAAAGAUGUAUUCUUGUAUGAAGCUACAAAGUCACAAUAUGGAUCAUUCCAAAAUAAUGUGUUUAAUUAAUAACCUACGUGUGUAAAUGUUUUGCUAAGCUGUUAACAUAUUUGCUUGUAACUUUUAAUACUCAACUAAUGUCAGAUAUUUUUCUAGUUAAAGCAAAAAUGAAGAUCAGUAAUUAACUAAUAACUGUUUCUGUUGGGGUUAUUUACUAAACCAGUUAUUGUGCAGAAAUGACAAACAUUCUGCACAAAUUAGGCCAAAUAUAACUCACGAUUGAUAAAUAGACCAGUUAGACUUUUUCCCUUCAGUUCCGAUAUUUGGGCUUUAAAUUUACAAUUGCCUUGUUCAUCACAUUUCCUAUUUGACUGGAUAACCAAAAGUAAA